AUGUCAAAAGCAAGUGCUUUGGAGAUCAGGCAAGGUCAGGGGAACUGGGAAUAUGAAAAGGUGGUAAUCAGACCAAGGGCAGUCAGGGCAGGCCUCACCACCAAGGGGCGGCCCAGGGCCCCAGAUCUCGGCGGCCGCCGCUCCAGUGCAGCCUGCGCCACGGCCACCUCCGCCGUCCCCUCGGAGCAUUUCGAGAAACUUCACGAGAUCUUCCGCGGCCUCCAUGAAGACCUGCGAGGGGUGCCGGAGCGGCUCCUGGGGAUGGCAGGCACGGAAGAGAAGAAGCAGCUGAUCAGAGAUUUUGACGAAAAGCAACAGGAAGCAAAUGCAACACUGGCAGAGAUGGAAGAGGAACUACGUUAUGCACCUCUAUCUUUCCGUAACCCUAUGAUGUCUAAGCUUCGAACCUACCGGAAGGACCUUGCCAAACCCCAUCGGGAAGUGAGCAGCACACCUUUGACAGCCACACCUGGAGGCCGAGGAGACAUGAAAUAUGGUUCAUAUGCUGUAGAAAACGAACAUAUGACCCGGCUGCAAUCUCAAAGGGCAUUGCUUCUGCAAGGCACUGAUAGCCUGAACCGGGCCACCCGGAGUAUUGAGCGUUCUCAUCGGAUUGCCACAGAGACUGACCAGAUUGGCUCAGAAAUCAUAGAAGAGCUGGGGGAACAAUGUGACCAGUUGGAACGUACUAAAAGUAGGCUGGUAAACACAAGCGAUAACUUGAGCAAAAGUCGAAAGAUUCUCCGUUCAAUGUCCAGAAAAGUGACAACCAGCAAGCAGCUACUUUCCAUCGUCAUCUUACUGGAGCUGGCCAUCCUAGGGGGCCUGGUUUAUUACAAAUUCUUUCACAAGCAUUGAACUUCCUAGAGGGAAAGGUUUGUGGACCAGAACUUUGACCCUGUGAAUGAAUGGUGUUAAGAGAGGAGGAAUAAGCAUAGUGCUGCUGUGAAGUAAUGGUUCAAGGAUGCAC